AUGACUCUCUUCUCGUUACCAGAACUGCAUAUCGAUAUCAAGGAUUACAUCGACUCAGAGACUUCACCUGUUUUGAUACCAAAGGGUCGCAGCGAAUGGCCAAACCACUUUACUGGAACUUCACAGUUUUGCAACAAGCAUUCAUGUCAAGACAAUGCUGAAAUACUUUGCACCUUCGGAAACCCAAACGAAUUGGAUCAAAAUUCAUACGGAGUCAAAAGGAACCUCGCCACCUACACUAGAGCUCGGCGAAGACUUCUACUCACAAUUGUGCUUCCUUCAUUAAAGAAAACCGAGCCAUGUUCACACGUUGUCACACUUAGCGUUUCGGAAGAGGAAUGCAUCACCUCAGCCGAAUACGACAAGCUGCAACUUCAAUCAAGCCUUGAUACUCACUCUUCAACCACUCAGCCAAGAGACCUGUUUACUCCUUACGACGAUACGCCUAUCGGUUUACUGACUGUCAGGGUUGAAUGUCUCUACUUUAUUUGUCACAAACGGAUCGAGUUCUCCACAAGAGACCAUCAUUUCUACAUCGAAUCCGUUCACAAAUGUCGCUUCGCAGGAAGCUGCAGCACAGGAACAUGUGACAAUACGAAAACUAACGACUGGUUGAAGGAACUCUCCGACACAGCCAACAGACAUCCUGGAUACUCAUUCUGCGCCGCCAGCUGUGGAUGCCUGACAUGCGAAUCGACAACGAUCUACUUAGUUUUCAACUGCCCUCUAUGGGAAUUCACUGUGGACGUGCACGUAACUCUUCAGACCAAUCAGAUGUCAGAAGGAACUGAUCUACGUUUACAGCCAGCAAAAACAGUGCGAUGGAACAAUAUCCUAUUCACACUAGUUGGGUCCAUGAUCUCGCAAAUGCCUAUCCUAUCAUCAACGUUCAUCACGAACGGAGAAAUCACAGCCAUUACUAAAUCUGCAACUUCAGGGCAGCUUCUAUCCCAUACGAUCGGUAAACUACAAUGCCACACUAUGGAAGACGCGAAAAUUUUCAACUGCACUAUUGCCAGUAAC